GCGCCUCUGGUGCGACGUCACAGUGCCUUCUUGUCCAAUGGGGACGCUUGGGCCGACGGCAUUAUAAAUAAGGGCUGCGAGAGGGAGCUGCGGCUUCAUUCCGGACGGGGGCGGGACUUUGCUGAGAGCUCAGGAGCCGUCGCAGGUUGUGCACCAUGACUCUGGAGGCCGACUUCAACACCGUGGCAGAAAAAGUAAAAAAACUAAAGACCAAACCAACUGAUGAUGAACUAAAAGAACUGUAUGGACUCUACAAGCAGUCGACCGUGGGAAAUAUUAAUAUUGAGUGUCCUGGGAUGCUGGAUUUGAAAGGCAAAGCAAAAUGGGAAGCAUGGAACCAGAAGAAAGGUAUGUCAAAAGAAGAUGCCAUGAAAGCUUACAUUUCUAAAGCAAAUGAGAUGAUAGAGAAAUAUGGACUGUAGAUUUUCUUUGGACAAUUAGUUCAAAGGCAAGGGCACUACUCAUUUUCAGACUGAUGUGAACAUCAGUAUUUGCAAUAAACUUUUUUUCUUCUUUGGACAUG